ACUUCCCAGCAUCAAUGUCGGAAAGGGAAACAUGGCCUUGCAAGUGCUGUUUCAACACGUCAAAGAUUUAGCAGUAUUAGGUACACCUGGACACACAUCUCUUGAAACAGUUACAUUUGAAGUAGAAAAAAUAAAAAAGAGCUUAUGGCAAGAGGAGCAGAGUGAAACAGCACAAGAUGGUGAAGACAAAUCAGAUUUUCACUUGCAGAUACACACAACUUUUAGAAAACUCCUAUCAGCUGUUAAUACAACCACUUUGGAUGUCAGAUUGGAAUGUGGCUUUUUGGUUGUUGCCAUAUUACAAGGAAUACAAAGUGUCCUAGGAAAGGAAAUCCAGAAACCAUGUCAGCCACCUAAUAAUGACCAGAGUAAAGUGGGUCGCAGAAGUAUAGCUCAGAUACCUCCUGCACCACCAGAUCUGAUUAGUGUACAACAGGCUAAGGAUGUAGAGGCAGUGUGUCGGGUCCUUUUCUAUACUGCAGUGUUAGGGUGCCUAGAUAAUGAGGCAUCACUCUAUGUGAAGAUGAUGCUUGCAAAGAACAAGUUCAUUUUGGGGAGCGACCUUCCUUCUGUACCGCAGGAAUGCAGACAUGCUGUCCUUAGUGAGAUCUUCAAAAGCCUUCUACCUGUGAUGAAGCAUGAAACACUAGGAACUUGCAUGCGAGGGCCAAUGUUCCCUGAGGUUUUGAGUUCCAUACUGCAGCUGUGCUUUGGCCCUGUGGAGGUUAAAAACUUCCCUGAAGACACAGCCUUCUUCCGAGAUCAGAUGGAAAGCCUCUUUAUGUGCAUGGACACCAACCAUGCAAUUCAACAAAUUUUGCUUCUCAAGGGUUUGGCACAGCGAGGGGUGUGGUUCAAGAAGGUGUGUGGAUUGCUCCUUGUUCGCAGGUUCAUGUUUCAGCCAGGUGGAGUUGCUGCAGUUAUUGGAGCUGGGCUUUCCAUCUGUAACGGCAGGGACUGGCAGCAAUGUGAGGCGGUUGCUAGUCUGAUUGCCCAAGCCAAGAUCAGUAACAUGGAUCAGUUAUAUUCUACUGCUGGACCACAGAUAGCAGAGUUGUUGUUGCAAGAGGAACUUAAGCCAGAAAUCUUGCGAGUGGUUGUGCUAACUGUGGCUCAAAUGGCCAGACACUCAGCCUCACUCACUGCUCUGCAUGUCACCCAUUCUCUUCUGAAACCCUUGGUUGACACAACCACAGCAGAGGCAGGAAGAAUAUCUGCUAGCUCUGAUGUGAACCUCACACUCUGCAUAACCCGAAUUCACAAGCUGUUUGUGGAGAUUGCCACUCCGACUGUAGCACUCACCAGCCUGCUUCAACCUGUCUUGUGUCCCCUGAUGGCAGUUGCUGCUCUGAUGACAUCACAUCUGCGUUCCAAAGCCCAGCAGAUUCUGGUGAGGUAUUUAUCACAGCAACAGAAAGGAGAGGCUGUGGAGACUCUUCUUGUUCUGUCUGGUCUGAAGAAAUCCUCUGCUUCACCUUCAGUUGACCCAAAAGUCGAAUUUAGCAUAGAUGAUGAAGGCGGAGUGAAAGUUACUAAUAUUGAAGAGGUUGCUGAUGAUAACAUCUUAGAAAAUGAUGACAGACUAUCAAAGUCCCUCAUAACGGUUCUUGAGACUUUGAAAAACCGUGCUGUUAUUUUGGAGUUUUAUGAGAGACUUGCUGAAUGUAUUAACUUUACAGUCUUGAAUGAGAAGAAACAAUCCCCGACACUCUUGCUGACAGAGGAGGAUGUAAGAAAGGAGCAGUUCGAGGGGAUGAGGAAGGUGAGUCUUGGGACAAACCUUUUGAGCCUCCUUGCAGACAGCGAGGCACUCACAAGUGACCUCUUCCAAGAUCUGUCUGCAGCUGUGCCCUUUGUGGAUAGGCUCAUCAAAGCUGGAUGUCAGGAAUGCAAUGAUGAACACUUACGGAAAACUCAGACUACUCUUGUAAUGAAUAUUGUUGUGCUCAUAUCCUGUUAUGUCAGUGAACGUACACUCAGGAAGAAGAUGUCAAGUGAAGACUGGAAAGGGUUGAAAAAUCUUGUUCCCUCCUUAGAUGAAGUAGGGGAAAAUAUUCAGGAUGAGACAGUGCUCCUCUAUAUUGAGCAGCUUCGUAACCUCCUCCUCACUCAUGGGGUUGUGCAAACAUUGCCAGGAGAUAUCCAGUCUGGUGCAAAACAAGGGAAACAGGAAGAUGCGAGUACCAAGAAAGGGAGAAAUGAUAAAUCAGGGAAAAAAGAAGUAGAGCUGGAUGAAAAAGAUACUAAAAGAAAACAAGAACUGAACAGAAAUAAUAUUGGAAAACUACAGAAUGAAGUUGAAGAUAAGAAGUCCCAUGACAUGCAGUCUCAGGAAGUAAAAAGCACAUACAAGGAAGCCAUGGAUGACCUGUUUAGUCCUCUGCUGCCAGUGCGUGGCCACUCCCUCCUGGCCCUUGGGAAGCUGAUUGAACAGAGAGACCCAGAAACCUUACUACACAAAGACCAGCUUCUAACAAUUUUUCAGCAUAAUUUGAAGGAUGAGGAUUCUUAUAUCUACCUGAUGGCAGUGCAGGGUUUGUCUGUCUUGUGUGAUGCUUAUCCAGAUAAGAUUGUAGGCAUUUUGACUGCCGAGUUCAGUGUUGGGGAGCGUACAGUUGAGGACAGAGCCAAGUUAGCCGAGGCAUUGACAAGGGCUUCGAGGCGUCUGGGGCCCCUUCUGCCACACUACAAGGAACAGUUCAUUAAUGCAUUGCUGACAGGAGUUCGAGAUGGAGAGCUCCUUGUGCGGGCAGCAAGCCUCUCAAGCCUGGGAGACGUCAUUAAAUUGCUACGUUUCAGCAUAGGGCCCAUUGUUCAUGAGGUGUUCCAGCUUUUGCACACCAUCAUCUCUCAUGACAAAGAGGCUGAGGUGCGACGGGCAGCUGUAUUGGUCAUAACCCUGCUCCUACAGGGGCUUGGCCAGGAUGCAUUCUCAGUGUUGAAGGAGGUAAUUCGGGAUUUAUAUCGAGCCCUGCGACUAGUACACACUACAGAUCCCGACGAUGUUGUUAGACUUCAUGCACAGUUAGCAAUGGAAGAAAUUGAUACCAUAACAAGGGCUUUCCUUCUCCCGAAACUCAGUCUCUCCAAGAAAAUUUAUGUGACUGAAAUGCCGCCAAGUCCGUUCUAGUAUUUUUAUUUUUUAAUAAUAAAAAAAAUACUAUA